AUGAUUCUCAAUGAUAAAGAAAUUCAUUUAUAUAAUCAACAACAACAACAAAAGAUUGAUUCAACACAACAACAAUCCUCAUCAUUGAUGAUGAGGUCUUCAUCACCAAUUAUCACAACAAUGACAUCUAUAUCAAAUAUUAGCACAUUAUCAUCAUCAUCAUUGACAACAAUAACAACAACAUCAUCAUCGUCAUCAACAACAACAACAACAACAACAAAUAACAAUGCACAGCAAAAUCACCACCAUCACAAUAAUUCGAAUAAUACAAAUAAUAGUAGUAGUGGUAGUAGUGAUAGAUGUAAAGAUAUUGAUCUUAAAAUCGAAUUUGAUGGAACAACUGUAUUGUGUCGUGUUUGUGGUGAUAAAGCCAGUGGAUUUCAUUAUGGUGUACAUUCAUGUGAAGGAUGCAAGGGAUUCUUUCGUCGUUCCAUUCAGCAAAAAAUCCAAUAUCGACCAUGUACAAAAAAUCAACAAUGUUCCAUAUUACGUAUCAAUCGUAAUCGUUGCCAGUAUUGUCGUUUGAAGAAAUGUAUAGCCGUUGGAAUGUCUCGUGAUGCUGUACGAUUUGGCCGUGUACCGAAACGUGAAAAGGCAAAAAUAUUGGCAGCAAUGCAAAAAGUCAAUGCACAUUCAUUGGAAAAAGCAUUAUCAGUACUAUUGGAAGAUGAACAGAAUUUGAUGCAAUCAAUAAUACGGGCACAUGAAGAAACGUGUGAUUAUACAAAAGAAAAAGUGGCACCAUUAUUGGAAACAGCCAGAUCAAGACCAAUUUAUGCCCAAUGUCCACAAAUGACUUGUCCAUUGAAUCCAUUACCACCGCAAAAUUCAAUCACACUCGAUGCUAACGGUACUAAUCGUCUAAUGGAAGAUUUUAGUGAACGUUUUUCUCCCGCCAUACAUGGUGUUGUGGAAUUUGCUAAACGUAUACCCGGUUUUAGUAUGCUAGCACAAGAAGAUCAAGUCACAUUACUCAAGGCUGGUGUAUUUGAAGUUUUAUUGGUUCGAUUAGCUUGUAUGUUUGAUUCACAAACCAAUUCAAUGGUAUGCUUAAAUGGUUUAUCAUUGAGACGCGAUUCAUUACAUUCAGCAUCGAAUGCUCGAUUCCUUCUCGAUUCAAUGUUUGAAUUUGCUGAACGAUUAAAUUCAUUGCGCCUGACCGAUCAAGAAUUAGGCCUAUUCUGUGCCGUCGUUGUUAUUGCACCUGAUCGUCCUGGUUUAAGAAACGUUGAUUUAGUACAAAAAAUUAACAAACGUCUAGAAGAAGUUCUACAGAAAGCGAUCGCGACAAAUCAUCAUCAAAAUUUUCCACAUAAUUCUUCAGAUUCCGCUGCAGCCGCAGCUAAUACAUUGUUUGUGGAAUUGACCAAAAAGAUUCCCGAUCUUCGAACAUUGAAUGCCUUACAUUCAGACAAAUUGUUGGGAAAAAGUUUUGGUGGAUUGGAACAAUCAUCGAAUACUACACCUACCUGUCCUCGUAUGGAUCCGGGUAUUACUACGACCACAACAUUGGUCACGGGUCAUCAUCAAACUGUACAACCCGAUAGUCAAUCAAAUGAAUCUCCCGAUCGUUGGUCAUCAACAUCAUCAACCUCAUCAUCAUCAACGAUAAUGGGACAUUUCUCACCAGCAUCGGUCGAUGGCGAACAUAACCAUGUAAUUAACUCAAAUCACCUCAAUCAUCAUGAUCUUUGGAUGGAUUCAGUGAAAGAUUCGGUUGGCGCCACUAAUGGAUCUGGUCAACAACAGCAAUGUUUCGGCUCACCUCGUUCGAUGUCCUCGGGUGUGUCGUCCGAUGAUAAUACAACCUCAAGUACUGGACGUAAAGGAUCGAUCUCAUCAUCCACAUCUUCUUCCUCAUCAUCAUCUGCACCAAAGUUGGCCAAUUACAGCUAUAUCCGUACAUCACCGGCAACGCCUUCAUCACAUACAACAAAAUCACCAUCACCAAUGGUUGUGGUCGAAGAUGCUGCUACCUAUGGUCAUCAAAAUCAUAAUCACAUCCAUCAAUCGACAGCCCGUGCCGAUUCGCCAACUGAUUCUGGAAUUGAAUCAGGAAAAGAAACACAAAGCAGCAAUGGCAGUGCUCCAACACCAACCCCCAGUGUCUGUUCUAGUCCACAAUCGGCAAUCGAAGAUUCAGUAACAAAUCAUCCAAUCACCAAAGAUCAUAUUCAUCAUUGUACAUCGUCUGAUUCGGAGACAGGAAGUGAAAAACACGAGACCAUUGAUGAUAUGCCUGUGUUGAAAAGAGCCCUGCAAGCACCGCCAUUAGUCAAUACAAACAAAUUGAUGGAUGAAGCAUAUCGCCAUCAUAAGAAAUUUCGUGCAGCUGCUAGGAACGGCACUGGAUCGCGUAUAGAAGAGCCACAUAGUCCAUCGACAACAUCUUCAAAUAAUCAUCAUACCGCAGUUGUAACUUCGACACCUACCGGCGUUAUCACUUCACAUUCGUCUUCAACAUCAACCACUUCGCAAUUGGCCUCAACUCAUUCGACAUUGUUGAAAACAUUAGAACAGCCAUCGCGCUACAUGAAUGAACAACAAUUGAAACGAACCGAUCUCAUCCACAAUAUCAUUAUGAAUACGGAAGCCGUGCAAACACCGGCAACAACACCAGGAACUCCAAUUUCUAUGUCGAUCUUGAAGGAUUCAUCUGUAGCAGCAACAGCACCAGUACAACAAUACAAUCAUCAGCAUCAACAUAACCAAUAUCCUUCGGAAACGCAUUUAGUCGGUAUGCAGCAGCAGCAACAAGUUACUGUGCUAUAUGCACAACAAAAUUCUGGUUAUCCUUACUCUCAUCAUAUCUCCUCCAAUGGCGGUGGAUGUCCAUUCAGUUCUGAACAGAGCAGAAUUGUAUCGAAUUCAAGUCCAUCAUCACAAUAUCAUCAACAACCAAUAUAUCGAACAUCGCCAUCACCAUCGACAUACCUUGUGGAUCAACAGAAUUCAUCCCAAAAACUUCUAGUCAUCAGCAAUGUCCCAACAGCUGCACAUUCGCCAACAUCCGCUCAUUCACGGCCAUCAUCAGCGCUAUCAAAUCAUUCAUCUUCAUCAAAUGGUGGCCAUCCAUUUUCACAUCUUCAACGUUGUCUGACAGCCACAGUAGCACCACCAAUGGCGUCACAAGGACCUAUUUUAUUACAAACAGCGGCCCAAGCCUCCGACAAUGAGCUCGAUUGUCAACCGCUCAAUCUUUCAAAGAAAGUAUCACCACCUGAAACCGUAUCACCAAUGUCAUCUCCUCCUCUGUCUUCCUCCUCCCAUUCCGGUAUUCAUUCAACGCCAACAGUUGCAUCGUCCAUUACUUCUUCGAUGAUCAAAAUUGAGGUUGAUCCUCAAAAUGCUUAAAUGAAGGGGAAUCAAGGUAUCAUUGUCAUCAACAGAUUUAAUCAAUUCAAAACCAGUCCCUCAGACAUAUUAAUAUGUAAAUAAUCAACAAGAUGUGGACAUCUGACCAAGUUCUAUCAUCACUACUCUUUCUCUCUCUCUCUCUCUUUCUAUUUGAAAGGAACAAACCCCAGUGCAAAUACAUUUCAUAAUGAUAAGUCCAAAAAAACGAAACAAAACACAUUUCGAUUAACGUUUAAUUCGUAUUUUUCGAAAUAUCCUCAUUUAUUCAUGCUCAUCACUUAUUUCUUACGACAAAUGUUAUUAAUGUUCAAAAAGCAAAAAAAUUCUGGUUCUAAUUCAAAUCCAACGUUUCUCCUUUCUCACCUUUCUUUCUUUCACCUCUGAUAUAAUAUGUAAUAAUUCUUAUAUGAAAUAGUCAAAAAAAAAAAAAAAAAUGAAAAUAAUUUUCUUCUCUUUAU